UUUUGGUAAUUUCUACUAUUAAGUAGUAUAGACUAAUUAUUGUUGCAAUUAUUUCAAUUUUUAAAAAAAACCAACAAAAAAAUCAAAAUGAAUAAAUUCAUUGUAUUCGCUUGUUUAAUUGCUGUAGCUGUUGCUAAACCAGGUCAUCUUGAACAUGGAUUAAGAACAAUUUCAGUACAUUCUGAAAUUCCAAUUGUUAAAACAAAAUUGAUUCAUGAACCAGCAACUGUUGCUGUACAUGAACAUACAAUUGCUAAAGUUGGUGAACAUGUUGAAAGUUUUCCAACAGCUGUAUCCCAUCAAAGUCAAACCAUUUUACAUAGCGCAGCCGAUAAAAUUACACCAAUUGUUGCACCAGCUGUCAGAACCCGUUAUGAACCAACAAUCAAAACUUAUGAAAAACAAUAUAUCGAAAAAAUCCCAGUUGUUGAAUCCUAUGUUGCACCAACUGUUGUUAAAUCUUAUGCUGCUCCAGCUAUUGUUAAAUCAUAUGCCGCACCAACCCUUUUGAAAACAGCUCCACUUUUAAAAUCAUAUGAACCAUAUGGAGCAACAAUCAUCCGUUCUGAACCAUUACCACAAUGGUAAAUUACAAUAUUUGACUGAUUCUUAUAAUUCUAUUGUUCGGAGAAAA